AUGGAGGAUACCAAUGAGUUGUUGCACCUCUUGGUGGAUGCUAUGAAUAGGGGAUUGCGUGAUGCCAAUGGGUCACUUAGCAAACAAAAUGUAGAACGAAUAAUACUUCCUCAACUCAAUGCAAAAACUAAAUUCCUUAAAACUUAUAGUCAUUAUUUGAGUCGGAUGAAGUGGUUUCGAAACCAGUAUAACAUGAUGUCAACCCUUAUGCGCAACAACUCUGGCUUUGGAUGGGACCCAAUUGGAAAAACUUUCACUGCUCAUGAGGAUGUAUGGAAAGAUUACUUAAAGUCCCACCCAAGUCACAACAAACUUCGAGGAAAAAGUAUGGUUGAUUAUGAGUAUUUGAAGAUCGUUGUUGGGGGUGGAGUUUCUAGCGGGAAUAAUUCUAUAUCAGUCGAUCCAGAUGAUACUGAUGCAACAACUUUUGAGCUAGAAAAUAGAACUGUUGGGAUAGAAGAAUUUUUAUAUGAUCCUAAUAGUGAUACAUUCAUAACACCAAAUAACUAUGAACCAGCAUAUCAGCCUCCAUCACCAAACCAACCAAGUCCACCAUCCCACCCCCCUUUAGAUUCAGAGGUUCCCAUAGAAAAAUAA